AUGCAUCACUUGGAAACAUUUUUGGAUUCUGACUCGAGUGAUGACUAUAAGGAUGACGUUGUACUUUGGAUUUUACAGAAAAUCGAGAUGCUGAUACAGGAAACACCUGCGUUCCUAAAGUUUAUUCGUAGACAAUUGACCGCGGACGGUAGGCAGUUGAAAAAUGUUUUAAGUGGGUUACCAUGGCUACCUCGCGUACUUGAUCGUCCUAAUACGUACCCAAACUUUAUGCCCUGGUAUGAUGGUGAUACAGUGUGUUGUCCAAGCACAAUGUUGCUUGGUUCGUGGUCCCUUUUGGUUGGUGCAACGGUUCCUAUUUUUAACGAGCGACUCAUUUCAAGUGAAGUUAGAGAUCUCGUGGGUGUUCACACAAAAGUUCAACAAAAUUUAUGGAAUAUAAUUUUCCAGCAAUUAAAAAUCGCAGUCCAAUCUUGGUCUAAUGAGGAAACAACCCCAGUUGAAGUCGCCAACUUUCAAGAAAUGAUUAAAAAUAUUUACUUAGUCAUCUCAAAGUUAUCCACGGAUAUGGUGGCGAAGUUCUUGAAAACCCAUUCUCUUGUACAGUGGGUAUGGCAUGGAAAUGGCUUUACAGCACCAGAAAAUGUUGCAUUUGAAUCGCCCUUCCCCAAGAAUAUCGAUCUUCAUCCUUACCUGUUCUGCCUUCCUAGAGAUUUAUUUGUUGUGAAAAACUUCUUAGUUUCCCAUGGAGCAAAGCUCAGUUUCGACGUUAAGGAUUUGUUGAAUUGGAUGCAAAAUAUCAAGAAGAGACAUGACAGAUCAGAAAAUGUAUCACAUGAUGAGGUGAUGCACGACUUAGAUCAAUGUCGCACUGUAUUGGAAUGGAUAGCAACGCACAAUACUGUAUUAUCAGAGGAUCUACGUAAGGAACUUCUUAUUCCAGUUCAGACAAAGCCUGGUAAAUUAAGACUUGAACUGUGUCAUACAUGCACUUACUGUGACCGUGAGUUCUUAAGACGAGGUGUCUCCGAAUAUCAAUUGUCUAUUAAAUCUCACUUGAUUCAUAAAUCUAUCCCCGAUGAUUUGGCAUGUCGUAUCAAAGUUCCACGUCUGUCUGAAGAAGAAGAAGCUGGUCAGUACGAACCGCUGACCACACGUUUACGAAAUAUCCUACAGCAGUAUAAAGAAGGUGUCGCCAUUUUCAAAGAGCUUAUACAAAAUGCAGAUGAUGCUCGAGCGACGAAGGUUUACUUUGUUAUCGACUGGCGAAAUAAUCCUUGUGAGACUUUACUUUCAGAUCAACUGUCACCUUGCCAAGGUCCUGCUUUGUAUGCUUAUAAUGAUGCCAUGUUUUCGGAUGAAGAUUUUGGCAACAUAAAUAAACUUGCUGGUGAAACAAAGAAAGAAGAUUUGGAGAAAGUCGGUCGUUUUGGUUUAGGCUUUAACUCUGUUUAUCAUCUUACUGACGUUCCGAGUUUUGUUAGUGGCGAAAAUCUUGUUAUUUUUGAUCCAAAUAUGACUCAUAUUUCCGACUUGAUUGACAGAAAUUCAAGACAAGGUGGAUUGAUGUUGAGUUUUGCUGACAACAGUCAUGUUUUAUCUGCAUUUCCUGAUCAAUUCUUACCUUACCAUCAAUUCUUUGGCUGUGACAUGAGCGGUGACAAUGCAUUUUAUUUUCCUGGAACGUUGUUUCGUUUCCCAUUUCGCACCCAGUUGCAGGCCCGAACGAGUGGCAUUUCAAAAGAACCUUAUACCCCAGAGAGCAUUAAAAACCUCGUCAAAUCAUUGACAAAGGCCUCCUCAACGCUUUUACUUUUCUCUCAAAACGUUAAGGAAGUUCGGGUGUUUGAAAUACAAAAAAAUUCCAAUCCAAAGUUAUCUUUAACUCAUCCAUUAAUCACAGUUACAAAGACAAUUGAGAAAACAUUGUUUUCAAAUUUGAAGAAAGGUGAAUCCAUGUUGAAAAGUUCGUCAGAUUGGUUUCGUCAAAACAGAUUAAGACGAAAACUUCCAAAGGAAGGUCCAAGGUGUACCAUGUUCAUCAAUAUUAAUGUUUGCUUUGUAAAAGCUGAUUUAAACGAUGUAUCAAACCCAUCUCAAAUGAUAGAAAAAUGGCUGGUCAACUCCUGCACUGGCUGUAGAUCGUCAUUUCACGUUGCACAAAGUGAUGAAGGUGUUAGAAACGGUGUAGUUCCAGUCACAGGAGUUGCUACAAAAAUAGAUCUCUCGAAUCGUAGCGAUGUUAAGAUUCAGUCUGUACCUGGAGAGGUGUAUUGCUUUAUGCCAUUGUCUAUAGAGUCUGGUCUUCCAGUUCACGUCAACGGUUUGUUUUCUGUUUAUUCCAAUCGCCGACGAUUGUGGGAGGAAGGUGUUGGUGAACAUCAGUUGUUGAAACCUUUUGAAGCAAGAUGGAACGAAGCAUUGAUGGAAGAUUCGUUAGUACAAGCUUAUUUUGAUUUACUACUGAUGCUUCAGUCUUACAAUGCAAAACAAUAUGAAUUUCAUUGCCUAUGGCCAAAUCCAACGAAAGUGCACCACCCCCGAGCCUGGAGGCCAUUUCUUCAUUCUUUCUUUAACAGGAUAAUUGACGAAGAGUUAAAGGUAUUCCAAUGUAGGGGAAAAUGGAGAAAACUUCAAGAUUGUCUCAUUCUUGAUCCAAGACUGAGCAAGCAGAAAGAAUGUGUCGCCAUCAUGAAUCAAUUUGGUGAAAAUGUUUCAUCGAUUCCUCCAAAUUUCAUAGAAGCUUUUCAAAGUUGUGGAAAGGGAGAAUUUAUCAAUAAUCAUUUGUUAACAGAAGAUAAAUUCUUGAAGGAAUAUUUUUUCCCUAACGCAUCGCGUAUUUCAGCAGAUUUGAGAAGUUCCGUUCUCGUUCAUAUUCUUACACGUCGACUGAAAAAACAUCGCGAUUAUGAUGAUCUUUUGAAAACUGUUCCCUGCUUCAGUUGUUCCAAGGAUGGCAUGAUUCUUCGUACAUCGAAUGAGCUUGUUCAUCCCAAAGGAAAAGCUGCCUGUCUGUUUUAUGAACAUGAUAAACGAUUUCCGUUGGACGAUCGACUUCUGGAGAAGGAGCUAGCCAUGAUGUUGGAAGAACUUGGUAUGAUCGUCGAUUUUUUGCCUUGGAGCAGUUUGUGUGAGAGAGCAAAAUCAAUCUCUCAUCAAUGUGAUACUGUUAGAAUAAAUCUGAUGAUUAAGUUUAUGAACGAUAUGCCAUCUGAUGCCUCCAUUUCAGAAGAAGAUGUAGAAAUCUUAUGCGAAACUCCUUUUCUCCCUAUUCUAUCAAAGCCAAGCGAUUAUCCGUUCUCGUGGAAAUUUGAUCAUUGCCGUGGAAUGCAGUUUGCUGAUGCUAAUUCUCUUCACUUGGAAAUGUAUAAGUAUCUUGUUGGCACCAAAUUUCUUAUUUUGGAUGAGUCGUCAAAAAGUGUAUGCGCGCCAAAUCUGUCUUUGAAAAAGAUCCUCGGAGUUUCAUCAAAAAAGCCAAAAAUUUCUGAUGUUAUUGAGCAACUUGAUAGGAUAAUUAUGUCAACGAUCCAUCUCGCUCAUGAACAGAAAGAAAAAUUAUGUUUUACAAUCUAUGAGUAUUUUGAGAGUGUAGUCAUUACUAUGAAUGGAAGCCAAGAUCAAAUUCGCGAGCAGUUAAAGUCUAGAUCUUGGCUUUUCGUUAAUGGACAACUGGUGAAUGCUGGACAGGUUGCACAAGACUGGAAUAAGUAUGAUGCUCCUCCUUAUUUAUUUUCUUUACCUUUUGUUUACAAAACUAAGUUCAAAUUUCUUGUCAAUUGGUAUGGAAUAAAGAAGAGUUUUUCCGAUGAAGACUUCGUAAUGGCCAUGAAUCGCUUAAGAGAAAAUACUGCAAGUAAAAAACUUUCGGACGAAGAAAUUGAUACUCUCGUUGUGCUUGCUGAAGAACUAUAUAUUUUAUCGGGUGGUCAAAGUAAUUAUGAAUUGCCACUGCCAAAUGAAGAUGGUAAACUACAUGAUGGCAGUGAACUUGUGAUCAAUGAGACACCAUGGCUGGAGAUUGAUGGUAGAUAUAAACGUGUCCAUCGCAAGAUACGUUCACAACUAGCAUACUAUUGUGGUGCUAAAGAACAAAGAGAGGCUGAUCUGGACCACUUUUCUCAACCAAUUGGUCAACCGUUUGGACAACAUGAAGAUUUAACGGAUCGCUUAAAGAACAUCUUACGUUCCUAUCCUGCAGACGUUGGAAUAUUGAAAGAACUUCUUCAAAACGCAGACGACGCUAAAGCCAGUGAAAUUCAUUUUGUUUUUGAUCCUCGCAAUCACAAGAGUGAACGCGUGUUCUCAGAUAAAUGGAAAGAUCUUCACGGCCCUGCAAUAUGUGUUUACAAUGAUAAGCCUUUUACCAAGGAUGAUAUACUGGGUAUUCAGAAACUUGGUAUUGGAAGCAAAGUAGACGAUCCUCUGAAAACUGGUCAAUAUGGUAUUGGAUUUAAUGCAGUUUAUCAUUUCACCGAUUGUCCGUACUUUAUUUCAAACGAUGAAGUAAUUUGUGUUUCUGACCCACACAUAUGGUACGUCCCCAAUGCAACGCAAGAACAUCCUGGAAGACUUUUCAACAAUCUCAAUGAAACGUUUAGAAAAAAUUAUGAUGAUGUUUUUUCCUGUCUUCUGGGUGAUCUUUUUGAUCUUAAAGGAAGUACGAUGUUUCGAUUACCAUUACGAACAAAAGAGCAAUCCAAGAUCUCUACUAAACUUUGGAGCACAAGCGCCGUGACAGACUUGUUUGAGAGUUUUCGUCUCUUUGCAAAAGAUAUGUUGCUGUUCUUGAAUAACGUUACGAAGAUUUCGAUAUCGGAAUUGAAGAAUGGAAAACUCGAAACUUAUACAGUGAAGUGUGAAGUAUCUGAUUUAAGUAAACGAUCUCAGUUUCACGAGGCAAUCAAGACUUGCAGUACACUACCAACUCGUCAAUUGUGUAAAAUGCAAAGUUUUCAUUACGUAAUGAAAAUAUCUGAUUCAUUGAAUGUAAAGAAGGAUUGGUUAAUUGCACAGAGUUUGGGCUAUUUAGAUUUUGAUAAAACGUCAACGAUUCCUGAGGGCCAAGGAAUGGGCUUGCUACCUCGUGCAGGUGUUGCUAUCCACUUAUCGAACUCUGACGCUCCAUUUCGACAUUCUAUAUUUUGUACGUUACCAUUGCCAGUUUCGUCAAAAUUUCCUGCGCAUAUCAAUGGUCACUUUGCUCUUGACUCUGCUCGUAGAAAUGUUUGGUAUGACACCAGGAGUGGCGAUUUUCGGAUGCUUUGGAACAGUUUCAUGAAACGUCAUGUAAUCCCUCCGUUGUAUGCAUUAGCAAUGACACUCGCGAGGAACCAUAUUGAAGGCUAUCAUCAUGAGUCCGAUUGUAUGGGAAAUUUUUCAUCACCGAAAGAUGCAGAGAAUGGUUUGAAAUGGUAUCAUAAAUUAUUUCCACCAAUUUUAGAGCUUGAUGCUGAAUGGAAACCAGUUGCUGAAGUGCUUUACAAAUAUUUGUUACCAAAUCACGCCAUUUUACCAAUUGCUUUGUCAGUUCCAAAUUGUAGAGAGUCACCUCGUGACUGUUUGUCAGCAGGAUCUUCAGAAGAUGACAUUGCCCCGGUGAAAGUAAAUUGGCAUACACCAGCAAAGGCGUAUUUUUGUACUUCUGAUAUAUCGUUCACGCUGGCAAAAUUACUUUUGCAAAUCAGAUUUCCUCUUCUUUCACACCCACCUAACGAAGUGCACAAAAGUUUCAAAGAAGUUGGAAAGUUGCAAGACGUAAGUCCUGAAGCUGUGAUUGAAUUUCUAAGGCAUCAAGUUGAAAUUGUCAAUCAGUUACCCAAGGCUGUGGAACAGACUUUGUUUCGAGAAGAAAAAAUUGUUUAUGAAAUUACACGCUAUUGUGCUCAAGCAAGUCAAAAUGGAGAUGGAUAUUUUGAAAAUCUUCACGGACUUCCUUUGCUUCUCACGAAAGAUGGCUUCCUUCGUUGUUUUGAUCAAAAUAUGCCGGUGUUUUGCAGCAAGUUCAGCGACCUCGUAUCUUUUCAGUCCAAUCUGUUUGUGACCAGUUUACUGGAAAGCUUUUACUCAACUUAUCUAAACAAAUGUCUUGACGUGUUGCGUGAGUUUCAUUUGUCAGACCUUGCUCAAUAUCGUGAAAGGCUUUAUCCGUCUUCUUGGAUCCAUUCUAUCGUGCAUCAGCCAUGGAAACCAGAUGAAAGCAACAACGAACAUCCUAAAAAAAAAUGGCUGGUGUUGCUUUGGAAAUUUAUUGUUAACGAAGUCAAAGAUAACAGGGUUUCGAAUAAAGUAAAUUGUCAUAUUCUUGAAUGCAUAAGAAAUUGGCACAUCAUUCCAACGACAAAUGGUUGUCUUGCUCCUCUUUCCCAAGGAAAAACCGUUUUGAAUGUAACCAGUGAGUUCAGUCCUGAUUCAUUCUCAGACAGCGUCAUACGAAGUAUUUUAGUAAAGCUGGGUUGUCCACAGUUCGAUAAAUCCAUAAUUGAUUCACUGUUUACAACGCGAGAAAAACGAAUCGUUGCUGUUUGCCGACAUUAUCUGGCUCUAGUUCAAUCGACAAAAGAUGUACUUGGAGUAUUGUCUACAUAUGUUAAUAAAAGCAAUAGAAUCUCGUUAAGUGAUGUUGAAAUUGAACUAUUGCUUAAAUUUUUUCAAACCAAUUUAUUUACUUUGCAAACCUCAACUCUACGUAACCUUCCGUUCUACCAGACCAUCCAUGGAACAUACACCUGCCUUUCAGGAAAUCAUACAGUGUUUGAGAUACCCGAAGAUUUUCCUAAAGAUGACCUUGAUGUUUUAUCGCAGGUAGGGCACAUAAUUACUUUACAAUCUGCCCCAAAGUUAGGAGAAUUGUACCGACAUAUUGGUGUAAAGACGGCUUCAUCUGUAGAAUUUUACCGUGAUAUCGUGUUAAAGCAUUUCCAUUAUUUGACUGAACAAGGAAGAAUUAACCAUUUGAGAUUUAUAAAAGAACGUCUUAUUUACGGCAAUAGUGGGAAAAUGUUAUUGGCGAUCUUAAAACAUUCCCCCAGUCCGUUUAAUUUACUAGAAUGGAGAAAUUUCCUUGUGGAUAUUGGCUUGCAGAACGUGGUUACUAAAGAACAUUUUGCUAGUUACGCCAACCAGUUGCAAGAAAGAGCUCGCAAUGUGUCAGAUCGAACUUCGCUUGAGGGAGUGGAAAUUCUUAAAAAAUCAAACAUUCUUGUUUCACAUUUAUUUCAAAAUACAAGUUUGCAUGAGCCACAUUUUCUCUCCAACAUCUCUAACAUCAGUUUUGUUGCUACUGCAGUUACACCAAAGGUAUAUCUUGAUAUGUGUCCAGCACACAUCCAAACCAUUUUGACAUGUUACAAUCGUUCCGUACCUCAACACCAUUCAUUGUUAACUUGGUCAAGUGCAUCGGUUAUUGCUUCGUCGGCAUUACCUCACGGUCAUAGUAAUGUGGCAAAGAAUCUUGGUGUGUGUUCCAAUCCUCCUUAUGAAUUUGUUGUGUCUCAUCUCAAGAGUGUUUCUGGUCGCUUUUCAAGUUCAACAAAUAAGGAAAUACCGGAGACUUUGUUCAAGCCUCUGGAAGAUGUGAUGACAAAGAUCUAUAGCUUUUUCAAGGACUUAUGUCCUGAACCUUGGAAGCACUCCACUGACGAUUUCAAACGUUGCUGCAAUGCUCUUCGUGAUUGUUCAGUGAUUUUAGUUGACAAGAACACGUUUGUGCGCGGUAACCAGCUUGCUUUCGAGCAUGUUUGGCACGAUCUUAAACCCUAUUUGUUUAAAGUUCCACGUCACCUGCAGCACUUUGAGCAUUUUUUAAAAGGUCUUGGAGCUCAAGAACAUCCUUCACCUCAGCAGUAUGUAUCAGUUCUUCGAAUGAUAAAGAUGAGUUGUGGGGAAAAUAAAAUGCAUCCGAAUGAGAAUUCAGCUGCAAUCUCUUCCACUAAAGGCUUGUUUAUUCGUUUGAAGAGGCUUCAAAAUAAAAGUGUUGUCAAUCCUCUUGCUAAUGUAGAAGAUCUUUACUUGCCAACAGAAGGCAAAUAUCUGUUACGAUCCACCACAGUUUUCGUAAAUGACACCAUGGAAAGAAAGGAGCGACUCGUUGAUUUUUCUAGAGAACUGCUUAUUGAUUUGACCAUGAAAGAUCAUGAAAGUCCUGAGAAAUUGGUUCAACUCCUCCCUCGUCAUUUGCAAGUUCGAAAAUUAAGCUCUAUUGUACAAGAAGAAUUAAGUCCUGCAUGUGCUGACAGAACAUGCGUCCUUGAUAGUUGUGAGUUUAUCAAUCAUUACCGACAACUUCUAGUUUCACGAGAGUUUAGUGAAGCGCUUAUACGGCUUUAUAAAUCCCAGCAAGACAAAGAUAAGAUACCUCCAAAAGUGGAAAUGGAACUGAGAAAGUUGGAAAGCAGCGUGGAAUUUGUGUGUAUGCAGAAUAUUGCUUUACGUCUUAUGAAAGUACAGACGAAUGAGGUGAUUACUGGAAGCGAUUCAGAUGUGUCCUGUUUCUGUCAACCGAACGAAUGUGGAUUUCGUAUUCUUAUCAAACAUGGUGGUGACGCCAAUUCAAGUGUAUUGCACGAACGAUUAAGCUCAUUUGUAUCUUCCAUCACUGGUAAUUAUUUGGAAGAAAAAAAUUGGCGUUUUCUUAUGAUGCUUCUUGAUGCCCGCAGUGUCAGUGACCUCUCAAGAACAUUGGAUUAUGCACGCAUACCGCGUACUAUCUCUGCACUUUCCAGUCUUCCACCGCUUGGAAAUGUAAUUCCUUUGGAACUUCACUAUCUUUUGAAGAAUGACGUUAGGUUUGUUUUACGUAAAGGCGAAUUUGUUGGGUAUGAGGUACAAGAUGAGAGCGAGGUGAACGAUUCUGUUUAUAUAUUCGCAAAGAUUAUUGAACAGUCACAGCAAGGUGAUGGAAGGCUACAGUUAAAUAGUAAGUAUAAAAUUGAUAUUGGAAAUGACGAACCAAUUGAAGUCAGCAAAUUGAAGCUUUUCAAGUUUGAUCGUGAACAACUGGAGAGUACAAAUGACCACGAGCAGGAAAAUGUUGAUCGAACGACGGGAAAUGUUGAAAUGGAGAUUAUGCUUUAUGAAAAUUUGUGCAGAGAGUCUUUUGAUAACACAGCAAAUGAUACUAACACAAAUAUUACAUUGGAAGAAGCUAAAAAAGAAGUUGCAGAAGCUCUUGCCGAAAUAUGGAAACUACCAGAAUCGGAGAGGAAAACAGCCAUCAAACGUCUGAUCCGGCAAUGGCAUCCUGACAAGAAUCCUGAUCGCAAGGAUUUGGCUACUCAGGUUACACAAUUCUUACUGAAUGAAGUAGAACGUUUGGAAAAGGGAGGAAUUCCUGGCUAUCAGGGGCCUGAGGCUGACAACUCUCAUCAUGGCCCACCUAACUUUCCCCCACCUCGUUCAUCGGAUGGAUUUUGGAUGAAUUUAUUAAACGAGAGAGCGGAAGGUCAAGGAAACGUGAGCGAGGGAGGUCAACUGGUGGCGAUGAAUAUGAACCAUCUAUUCCUGCCGAGGCAAAAGUUUGGAUGCAACAGUCUGAAAUUGAUUUAAAUGCAGCUAGAGUUCUAUCUAUCAACGAAGAAGAGACAUUUUUUGCUCUGUCCUGUUUCCAUUCUCAACAAGCUGUGGAGAAAGCAUUAAAAGCUCUUAUGUUCUUCAAAGGUCGCCUAAAACCAAGAGAUUUAGAAGUUCAUGAUGUAAAGAGAUUGGCAGAUCGUGCUGCACAGAUCAAUGCACAAUUUAAUGAUUUGCCAAAUUUGGUUAUGGUUUUUCAGUAUCCAAGUUUUUACAUCAACACACGCUAUCCUCAGUACAGAAGAUGGGUUAUUUCAACUCCUCCUACAGCCAUGUUCACUGAAUCUGAUGCCAACGAAGCAUUAUCAAAUGCUGAAAAAGUCUUAUCUCUUGUUAAGCAUGUCAUAAGAAAUGAAUGAUUUUUAUUAAUUUUGUAUUCACUGUAGCGAAUUUUCUGAUGAGUUUGAUUUCGAACAAUUUGAACACAUAGUUUUGAACAUUAUUUGCCUACUUAGGCAUGUAUUAAUAAUUGUCACUUUUGCUGUUUUUGUUUUUUACCUUUUAAAUUUAAGUGUUCCUAGAACUGAUAAUUUUUAUGACGCGAAUAGAUAUUCUACAAUAAGCUUUUAUGUCUUAGUCUA